CACAAUUAAGUAAAAGAUCAUCAAAUCUGUUUUACAAAUAUUGAGUAUCUUAAACGAAUGCUAUAUAAAGGAUACGCAAGAUUAAGUCGAAUACUGGUAAUUAUUAGCAUUAUUAGUAUGGUAAUGAAUUUCCUGUAUAGUUCAAGUGCAUGUCACAUAGUACCAUUGAAGUGCAUCAGUCAACGUAGAUCAAUUUAGCAACUGCUAGUUGACGAGAGCGGCAAUGUUUCCCCUUCUCUACACAGUGGUUGUCAGCCUGUGCGGUACGGCAAUUUUCGUUUCCAUAUUUGCUGCAAGACAGAGGAAGCACAAGCGUGAAGCGUUUAAGAAGCAAGAAAAGAACGAAUUUGCCAGCAACGGAACGAAAUGGAACGACAGUCAGCAGGAAUAUUACGUGGAGAAAUUUUACGAGACAGGCUUGACCGGCACGCACGAAUACCAUGGAGGCUACCUGAAUUUUGGCUACUGGAAAGAUGCAAACGACAAUUACGUUACAGCAAGCGAACAACUGCUGUCCCAAGUCGCAGAUCCAGUUCAACUUAAUGAGAACAGUCGCUUGUUAGACGUUGCCAAUGGCAUGGGGGCACAGGAUAUAUUUUACUUCAAUAAAUACAAACCGAAGCACAUCGAUAUGAUUGACGUGACACUAAGUCAUCAUUUAAUUUGCAAGAAACGUGUAGAGGACGAAAGCCUAACAGAACGCCUCACAGCUCACUAUGGUAGUGCUACCGAUCUACCUUUCUCAGAUAACUCGUUUACUCAUGUAUUUUCUAUAGAGGGUGGUGUCCACUACAGGACGCGACGCGACUUCUUAAAGGAAGCUUACCGGGUGCUCGAGCCAAACGGUUGGUUGUCUUUAGCUGAUUAUGCAAAUCCCAGGUUACCUAAGAAUUGGAUUGAGUCCAAGUUGUCUGACCUUUGCGCCUACUUGUGGAACAUGCCCAAAGAAAAUAUUUGUUCCUGUGAAGAGCUGAAAAAGUACAUGGAAGAAGCUGGUCUUGUCGAUGUUGUUGUGAAAGAUGUGGGAGAGUUCUGUAUUCCCGGCUACUGUGAUGAGUCAUUGCGUCCUGAAAUGCUUGCUGAGCUGAGAAAGGUUCGAGGUUGGUUUGCCACAUAUGUAAGUGGGCGUAUCAUUGAUGAGUUAAUCCGCUAUGUUUACAACCACGACAUGUUGACCGAAGUCAUUGCAUACGGUAGAAAACCUCAUAAUAACAAUAUUUCUUAGAAUGGAUAGUUUUAGAAAUAAUUUUUGAACAUUGAAAUAUAGAUUGGAGUGUAGUAAUGUACUUAAAAUAUGGGUUGCUUGUACAUUUACACUUGUAAUUGAGUUCAUCGGAUUUUUCAAAAAGUUUAAUUUUUAUGGCAUAGGAAUGCAUUUGUGACGUAGGUAAAAAAUGACCUCACGAAGCGAUACGGUCAUAUCCAGCUGGGGCCGAUUGUAUAAAAAAGUGAUUAAAGUUAACUAUAGUUAGUGGAAACGUCAUCCAAUAAAAAGCGCGUAUUUGAGAGUUAAUCACUAUUUAACUACAAAAUAGUGAUUAAAAAAGUGAUUAAGAGUUUUAUACAACGGCUCCUGGUUAUUUCAGCAGCGAACGAAAAAGAGUUAACUACUUUUUAACUGCAGUUAGCGCUAACUACGUUUUUAUACAACCGGCCCCUGCUCUAUUAAUUAACUCGACCUGCAAAGGGACUUUAGAUAGUCUAAUACAGUAACAGGAAUAUAUCGUUUGUCUCUCUAUUUAAUUAUUUAAAACUAGGUUUUACUAGGUGGAAGUUCUAAUUUGUGGGAAAUUUGGGAGUUAACCAAAAUUACGUUUGAUGUUUAGUUUGAAUUAACUGGGUUGCUACUUGACAUUCCAUAACAUAUUAAUUGUUGAUAUUAUUAUUGAAUAAUUUUUGGAAAUGAUCAGAUGAAUAUCUUGAAUAAAAAACGUACUAUUAAUUAACAAGAA